GUUACAGUGCUAUUUUGGUUGUUAAUUACAUUCGUUCCGACCUUUCUUGAUUAAUAAUUUGUGUACUUGAUAGGAGCUAGCUAGCUGCACCCGCUAUAACAUCUGCUAAACUGUGAAUGCGAACAAUACACUUUGAUCUGAUUUUGAUUCAUUUGUACAUUCAUCCGUCCAUCCAUAGUUGGAUUUUUUUUUUGAAAUUAGCUUACUGGAAAACGACAGAUUGUGUCCAUAAAACAAUAGUUGUUAACAUGUAUGGACCGUCUGUAUUAACAAUGACAGUCAGAAAGAGCAGUGUGCCCCCACCUAUGUUGAGUUCACAGCAAACACUUUUAUUUAUUUAUUUAUUCGAAAACGCCUAAUGUAAUGUAUGUCCUCUGCAUCCCUCCGUAGUUGUGGACGCCUUUUUGACAGAGCUCCUCCCUUUCUCUCUUCUGGCUUUGUGCAACUGCCGAACCCCACGCUGCCGCCACCUUCUCUUGGAUACAGGGGCUGCUAAACAACAGAAAAAUGGCUAUGCACGUACCGAAAGCACCGGGCUUCGCCCAAAUGUUGAAGGAUGGCGCAAAGGUAAGACCAACAAACGUUAAAAUAAACCCAAAAUCUAAAGCAAAGAGUGGUACUGCGACUGUGCAAGGGGAAGCUCAGUCACGCACUGUGUCAAGUCAUGUGGAGAGUUCUAGAAAGCCGCUUAGGCCGCAAAAUAUUUUUUUCCUCCCCGCCUUUUGCAUCAAACCUCGAUACCCGAGGCACUUUUCAUCUCGCUUUGGAAAUUGCUUAAUGUCUCAGUUGAAAUGUCGCGGAAAGUUUAUUUUUCUAUGUAUGUAGUUGAUGGGAUAAAAUGUGUUUACGCAUUGCCAACAUGUGGUUGGUUGCUAUGAUGUGCUAGCUAGCUAGCCUCAGCAUCUUCACUGGCUAGUCAACGGCAAUGAUUUUCGGUAGCAUAGUUAACGGUAGUCAACUAGCAUCCCAUGCGGACUAUCAUUCAUUCAUUCAUACAAAGAUGAACUAACUAGAUACUCGUCUGUCUUGUCGAUAUAUUUAGAUGACCACUAAAAUCAUUUAAAGAAAGUAGUCCGGAUACUGUUGACGUUUUAUCUGCAGCUAUUAGAUAGCUACAAUUGUGUUUUUUUUUUGUCACUGCGUAGGUGUUAGCUACUGUAGUGACCUAAGAUGAGGUUGUCACUUAAAGUUAGUUACAACCGCCACAAAGUCAAAAUUGGCUAUCCUAAAAAUUAAUGAAAACUAAAAUGAGCUUUUUGUUCUUAAUUUAAGUUUAGGCGUAAUGUUAGCAGUGUGGUUAGGGUUAAAAUAUGAUUUUAAGAUAUGUUGUAGAAAUGGGAGUGGUUUAGCUACAAUUGACUUGCUCCCUUCGAUGGUUAGCAUCCUCAGCCAGCUAACAUUAAUAGCCACCUUGCUAACGUUAAGGAAUUUGAUUAGUAGCUAGUUAGCCAGCUAGUUGCCAGAAGAUACCGACCCUACAGUUACGCUGGCGUACACUGAGCUGCACUGGGUUCAGAACGCAAUCAUGGUUACGUUAAGACGCCAAUGGAACUGUACUCCAAAUUUGACCAUUAUCCACACUGGUACAUCGACAAUUGAAAUACUGCUAGUUUUCCAUGAAAACUGCCGUUUUCAUCCUCAUGCUAUCUAGCAAUAGCCAACCAUUUACAUUUUUAGUCAUUUAGCAGACGCUCUUAUCCAGAGCGACUUACAGUUAGUGCAUACAUUAUUUUUUGAUUUUUUUCAUACUGGCCCCCUGUGGGAAACGAACCCACAACCCUGGCGUUGCAAACACCAUGCUCUACCAACUGAGCUACAUCCCUGCCAUUUUGGAAUGGCAGUGUCAACCAAUCAGCUCAUUCCUUUGUUGUUCAACGUGUCUACUGCUAGUUAGCAUGAGGACGAAAACAUGCAGCAUUUCAGCAGUGUGGAUAAAGGCAUAAUUUGGAGUACAGUGGCAUAUCCCAGCAAUGAGUUGUUUUAAUAAUAAUAAUAAUAUGCCAUUUAGCAGAUGCUUUUAUCCAAAGCGACUUGACUUACAGUCAUGCGUGCAUACAUUUUUGUGUAUGGGUGGUCCCGGGGAUCGAACCCAUUACCUUCCAUCUAAUCCAAUAAAUAUGAACUCCAGAGCAGCUUGAGUUUAGGGUUGCAAAAUUCCACCAACUUUCCCAGAAUUCCCAGGUGUUACAGAAAUCCUGGUUGGAUGAUUCCCAGAUUCUCUGCUUAUUCCCUUCUGAUUUCAGGAAACUUCCAACCGGGAUUUCAGGAACAUUUUGGGAAAGUUACCGAAAAUAUGCAACCCUGCGUUGAGUUCAAACAGUUAAUCACGUGACCUUUUUAGUGAUACUAAAAUAUAACCCAUUGUUAUUAUCCUUGUUUAAAAGCAUAUGUGGCUAUUAAAAGCACCAGUCAGUAUUAUUUACCUAGGAAGAGUUGGAAGCAGCAAGAAUUCAAAUGUUUGUAAUUCUCUAAAUCACCAGUAGAGAGCGCCAUAUCAUAAAUAUGGCGCUCUCUACUCCACGGUUUUCUGAUCCUUAUCUUGCGCAGCCUCCACGGUGUCUUAAUGUAACCAUGAUUUGCGUUCAGACCCCAGUGCAGCUCAGUGUAAACAAGUUUAAGGGCAGGGUCGGUAUCUUCUGGCAAACCAGCUAGCAUCACAGAUUAGCUUCGCCAUUGGUCCGAUUAGUGCGUAAUAAGGCGUUGCCUCAAAGAGCCGCAGGUCUCACGCUCACAUUUAUGCGUCAACCGGUUUUAUAUGGAUACAAUAAUGAACUAACAUUAAUCAGCAAUGUAAAAUUCAGAUGUAUCCAUAGAUUCAGUUUUUUUUGCCUCCGGUAUUGUUCCAUUAGGAAGUUAAAUCUUCAAUGGAAAUAGUUAGCUAAUAUGCACAACUAGUACAAAUGUUUGUUCUAAAAAUCAAAUCAAGUAUUUCACUGUCCUUGCUUUGGAAAUGUUAUUUUCUGUACCCUUUAUUUGUAUCAUGGCAUAAGCAUAGGCAUUUUACAUUACAUGUGUAAUUUACUAGAUGCGGUUAUCUAGAACCAAUUACAGAAGUGAGCGCACAAAUGUUUCGUACUUUUUCUUACUGGGCAUGGGAUAUAAUGUUAAAAAAAACAAGAAAAAGUGCUGACUGUACCGUUUGUUUUUGCUUGGUCAUCCCACAGCACUACUCUGGUCUGGAAGAGGCAGUGUUCAGGAACAUUCAAGCCUGUAAGGAACUGGCCCAGACUACACGCACGGCCUACGGACCCAACGGUAAGACUCGGCUGUCUCUCUCCCUGUGUGUCUGUCUCUGCCUGAUUGCCUGUCAGUCUGUCUUUCUCUGUUAUGUUAGACCACACACACAGCCUAACAUGCUGACCACAGCGCUCACGUGGCGUGCGCAAAAUACAUUUACACGUCAUUCAAUAAUUUCAUCCAAACUUCUCUCGGCCGUCAACGAUCGUCUGCGUGGCCAGGCGUUAAAAUAGAACUUGCUUCUAUUUUUGAGGCUUUGCGCUCUGCAAGUCCUGCCUCUCCCAUCUCCUCAUUGAUUUUUAGGAGCAUAUACCCACGUGGGUGAUUGAAAGAUGAACUGAGGUACACACUCCAGUCCAGUAGUGAAAUAAAAACCCAAUGUUUAAUUAUAUCCCAGGACGAAUUAGCUAGCAACCGCUAGCUAAAUGGCCAUGAAUGUUUCAUGUGUUUCGACCCCAAAUUAAUAUAGCUGGUUCAGAGUUUGUUUUGAUAUUUCAACCUGCUUGUCCUGAUCGUGUCUGGUGUGGAUGGACAAAAUCAACAUGCGCGCACGGACGUGCAUUAUUUUAUAUUACCUUUAUUUAACUAGGCAAGUCAGUUAAGAACAAAUUCUUAUUUACAAUGACUGCCUGCCCUGGCCUCACCCUCACCCGGACGACGCUGGUUCCAAUUGUGCGGCGCCCUAUGGGACUUCCGAUCACGGCUGGUUGUGAUACAGCCCGGGAUCAAACCAGGGUCUGUAGUGACUCCUCUAGCACUAAGAUGCAGUGCCUUAGACCACUGCGCCACUCGGAAGCCCUUGUAAGGACCCAAUGUAUGACCUGUCUGUCUUCUCUCUUUGUCUGUCUGACUCUGUCUGUUAGUGUAUACGUUGUCCUCAAACUGAGAUUGUUUGUCUCUUUAUUCUUCAGGCAUGAACAAGAUGGUGAUCAACCACCUGGAGAAGCUGUUUGUGACUAACGAUGCUGCUACCAUCCUCAGAGAGCUCGAGGUGAGACACUCGUGCACACACAUUCUAGAGCACACACAUUCUAGAGCACACACGUUCUAGAGCACACACGUUCUAGAGCACACACAUUCUAGAACACACACAUUCUAGAACACACACACACCACAUAUACCAGAACACACACAUUCUAGAACACACACACACACUACCAUCCUGAGAACUGGUGGUGAAACAGACAAGUCUGCUCACCCAGUAGUUCUAAUGGACUGGAGUUUGAUGAAGACCCCUGGAAUGGUCAUAAUUACAUUUACAUUUUAGUCAUUUAGCAGACGCUCUUAUCCAGAGCGACUUACAGGAGCAAUUAGGGUUAAGUGCCUUGCUCAAGGGCACAUCGACAGAUUUUUCACCUAGUCGGCUCGGGAUUAGAACCAGCGACCUUUCGGUUACUGGCACAACGCUCUUAACCACUAAGCUACCUGCCGCCCCGUCAUAAGGCUUCAUAAUGUAACCGUUUCCUGUGUGUGGUUGUUCUUCCUCCAGGUGCAGCACCCGGCAGCCAAGAUGAUCGUGAUGGCGUCCCACAUGCAGGAGCAGGAGGUGGGGGAUGGGACCAACUUUGUCCUUGUGUUCGCUGGCGCUCUCCUGGAGCUGGCUGAGGAGCUUCUACGCAUGGGGCUUUCUGUGUCCGAGGUACCCACACUAGCUAUGUUUCAUUACCAUGUAAAGUUAUUUUGUUGUUGACAUUUUAGAAAGUUAGCAUAGAAAAUAGAUGUGACGAUUGCCUGCGUCUCCAUUUAACCAUCUUGUGCCGAAUUAUAAAUUUAUUUUUUUCUUUCUAUUUAAAUAUAUAUAUUUUUUUUACAGCUUGAUGUAAUGACGUCACACCUAAUAAAAUAUAAAAUGUUUUAGUAAAAGCCUACAGUGUCGAAUAAAAAUGUAGUGGUUGAAGUAUUUCCAUUACCCGUUUAGGCAAAUUGCACAUUAAUACAUUGUCGACAGCCUGUAUGCCCUCCCAACUAUCUGUUUCAUGUCUCCGGUAGCCUGUGAAACCAGCAUGGAUGGAAUGCAGUAAUUGAGUAAUAUUUGCCGUAUUCUAAUAAUUCUCAUGUGCCAACGUAUCGCCACAGUCCGUGUCAUGGUGAAGCUCUGAGAUAAUUGGAUGUUCAAACUUUCCAGCCAAUCAGAAAGGCAAGGCGAAGCAAUUCAGGCAUUCUUCAAAGUCAGGACAAUCCUUGUCCUGCAACGAAACAUUUUGUGGGGGGGGAAAAUAGAUUUUGCAAGCAGUAGACAUUUUUAGAAUUAAAUGUGGAGUGGAGCUUAUAGUUUACUCGUUGACAUCACGUGCCCAUCAUACCUUCAAAAGUAUUCGGCAAUCAUUGUUUAUCCGGGAAAAAAACACAGUUUCCGUCAUUUGUCGCAAAUAAAGAAUGCUCGACAAAAGAAAAAUCCACCCCCGGAAUGUUCUCUUUUUGAACAUGUGUCCUAUCUGCCGUUUCCAUUACAGAUGUCGCAAUGAUUUGUAAUUUUUUUCGCUACCUUUUGUCAAAUAAACCUGGAACCUGUAGGAACACGCACACUGUCCUGUAUGUGGCAAUGCAGAUCUCUUACACACCCCGUGUGUCUGUCUCUCCUAGGUGAUUGAGGGCUAUGAGCUGGCGAUGAAGAAGGCUCUGGAGAUCCUCCCGGAGUGCGUGUGCGCGUCAGCCAAGAACCUUCACGAUGUAGAGGAGGCCGCUGCUAUGAUCCGCCCGGCCGUCAUGUCCAAACAGUACGGCAACGAAGACUUCCUCUCCAACCUCAUCGCCCAGGCCUGCGGUAAGAGACGUGGACAGAUUUUAAGAGCGAAUUCAUUUAUCGAUGACGAUUUUUAUUUAUGAAUAAAUAAAUAAAAAUCUAGAGCAGAGGUGUUCAAUGUUAGGCCCAAACACUUCUGGGGUUUCUUCGUCCUCUUUAUAAUUCAGACCUGGGACACCAGGUCAGUGCCGUUAACUGUCGAUGUGCCCUUGAGCAAGGCACUUAACCCUAAUUGCUCCUGUAAGUCGCUCUGGAUAAGUGCGUCUGCUAAAUGACUAAAAUGUAAAUGUAAACAAAACCCAGAAGUGUUUCUGCCCUCCAGAACCGGGAUUGAACUACAGCCGUCAGUGUCGCUAGCUAGUGUGCUAACCAUAGCUAGCUAAUGAAAGUUAUGUGUGAGCACCAUUUCAGUUACAUUUUUUAGUCAUUUAGCAGACGCUCUUAUCCAGAGCGACUUACAUUAUCUUUUUAUUUUUCAUACUGGCCCACCGUGGGAAUCGAACCCACAACCCUGGCGUUGCAAACGCCAUGCUCUACCAACUGAGCUACAUCCCUGCCGGCCAUUCCCUCCCCUACCCUGGACGAUGCUGGGCCAAAUUGUGCGCCGCCCCAUGGGUCUCCCGGUCGCGGCCGGCUACGACAGAGCCUGGAUUCGAACCAGGAUCUCUAGUGGCACAGCUAGCACUGCGAUGCAGUGCCUUAGACCACUGCGCCACUCGAGAGUCAAGCAGGCAUACUGUAGUUAUUUCAGAAAGACUACCAGCCUACCUGUCGAGAGAUGAGUCUCAGCUAAACUGUCCCUAUACGACAUGUUGAAGUUUGUCUGACUCUUACCGUUUUGAUAUUUCCAGUGGUCAAAACCAUUCAUCUUUGGGGAGCGGGUGUUCUAUAAUGCAAUCCAUAUCACUUUUAUUUAUAUUAUAGUCUUUUUUUUUUUUUUGCACUCGCUUAAAAGGGUGACAUUCAACACAUUUUCCAGUGGAUUAUGGUGAUCAUUUGCUGGUAAAAAAAAAAAGGGGGGGGGGGGGGUGCUAAAACAUUAGUUUGUUAUUUUAAUGUGCUUCAUGGCUCAGUCCGCCAGGUGAAGGCUCUGGCAAAAAGCUGCAGUCAGAGACGGAAGAGGAAGUGAGCCACUCGCUGUUUAUUUUUUGGGGUUCAAUUGAAGUUAAUAAACCUAGUAGACCAGACCCAGCACCCCGUUAAAGGGACGCGUUUCUCGCCCUUGGCCUCUCCCCGGGUUCGUUAGGGAGUUGCAGCAAUGAGACAAUUGGAUAUCACGAAAAUUGGGGAGGAAAAAAAUGAAAUGAAUAAAAAUCCAUCGGACUCUGGGGGAAGUAGAUAAAGGGCUUCAGUGAACAUCUUCAUUUAUCCACUUUCUUUGCUGUAGCCAAAGAUAAGUAUGUGGACACCUGUUCGCCGAAAUCAUGGGCCUCCGCUCUUCUGGGAAGGCUUUCCACUAGAUGUUCGAACAUUGCUGCGGGGACUUGCUUCCAUUCAGCCACGAACAUUAGUGAGGUCGGGCGCUGAUGUUGGGCGAUUUAAGUCUGCCUCGCAGUCGGCAUUCCAAUUAAUCCCAAAGGUGUUCAAUGGGGUUGAGGUCAGGGCUCUGUGCAGGCCAGUCAAGUUCUUCCACACCAAUCUCGACAAAUCGUUUCUGUAUGGACCUCGCUUUUGGCACAGGGGCAUUGUCAUGCUGAAACAAGAAAGGGCCAUGAAAAACAGCCCCAGACCAUUAUUCCUCCUCCACCAAACUUUACAGUUGGCACUAUGCAUUUGGACAGGUAGCGUUCUCCUGGCAUCCGCCAAACCAAGAUUUGUCCGUUGGACUGCCAGAUGGUGAAGUGUGAUUCAUCACUCCAGAGAACACGUUUCCACUGCUCCAGAGUCCAAUGGCAGAGAGCUUUACACCACUCCAGUCAAUGCUUGGCAUUGUGCAUGGUAAUGUUAGGCUUGUGUGCGGCUGCUCGGCCUUGGAAACCCAUUUCAUGAAGCUCCCUACAAACAUUUAUUGUGCUGAUGUUGCUUCCAGAGGCAGUUUGGAACAAGGUAGUGAAUGUUGCAACCGAGGACAGACGAUUUUUACACGCUUCAGCACUUGGCGGUCCAGUUCUGUGAGCUUUUUUUGCUGGCGGAGUGGUUGUUGCUCCUGGACGUUUCCACUUCACAAUAACAGCACUUACAGUUGACCGGGGCAGCUCUAGCAGGGCAGAAAUGUGACAAACUGACUUGUUGGAAAGAUGGCAUCCUAUGAAGGUGCCACGUUGCUAGUCAGUACGGGCCGUUCUACUGCCAAUGUUUGUCUGUGGAGAUUUGCAAGGCGGUGUGGUCGAUUUUAUAGCUCUUUAGCUCAGCUGGUAGAGCACGGCGCUUGUAACGCCAAGGGUAGUGGGUUCGAUCCCCGGGACCACCCAUACACAACAAAAUGUAUGCACGCAUGACUGUAAGUUCCUCUCAGGUGAUUCUUCUGAGUUGUAUAAGGCUUCCUCGAUCGGUGUUCUGCGUUUCCAAGGAGAUGGGAUCUUAAAUUCCCACCAGCGUGGCCUCCGACAUUGCUCGUCCUAAUAUUUAUAUAUUUCUUAAUUCCAUUCUUUUACUUUUAGAUUUGUGUUAAUUGUUAGAUACUACUGCGCUGUUUGGAGCUAGGAACACAAGCAUUUCGCUACACUCACAAUAACCUCUGCUAAAUAUGUGUAUGUGACCACAAUCUGUGAUGUUAUAGAUCUAGUGUGUUUCUCCUUACUGCCACAGUGAAAAUACAGAUCAUUAUGUUUAUAUUCCUUAUUGCAGUCAUCCUGCCCUUUCCUUAUUAUACAGUGAAACGUGUCAAGUUAAAUUCAGUGUGUUCAUGAUUCACGGGGUACUUAAAGUACUUGAAUUUGGCACUCUGAAAUUCAAGUACUGUAAUACUUUUGAAAAUCAGAUUUUUUUUUCAAGUUGGUACUUGAAAAGUACUUGAAUUAAAAUGAGAGGACAGAAAAUGAUAUAAUAUGAUAAACGUUUUUGAUAAAUACGAUAAACUGCAUUUUUUCACGUGUGUCGCUCUGUGGUUGCCAGGCAACUGAUUAGGCUAAACGUCGCAUCGAUGGCUAAAAUGUCGGACAACUGUAGAUUAAAUCCUGUCUUUUGUGCGUAUGGAUAAUUUCUGGCAUCUUUUUAUUUCAGCUCAUGAAACAUGGGACCAACGCUAUAGUUUUGUUCAGUGUAGUUUAACCUUCUUUUUUUUUUUACCACUGCGUCACUGUGUAAGGUGCAAAAAAAUUCGUCCGAUUGACAUUGUGAGCAUGGGGGGGGGGGAAUCUGUCCCGAAGAGCCACAUGAAGGGGGGGAAAGGCAAUGCAGCAUCACUGCGCUGACGCCAGUUCUACAUUUUACUCUUUUUCUCUUAACUACCUCCAGAGAUGUUUUGCCAAUCGCUUCAUUCACGGGGCGCCCGCGAUAUUCCGCUUUAUCAAGCGGGCAGCCGUGCUCCUGCCGUUCACGUGCCGUUUUCCUCACACAGCCCUUCUCCCGACCGGCGACACUAAAGCUGCCAGUUGGAAAACAAGACGCUUUUUCGUAGCUAUUAAGUAGUUUCCCUAAUGCCCAAAAAACAGCCAUUAAGCUGGAAUUGUGUAGUAACGUGAAUAGGAAAUGUGUGUUCACCAGUAGGCGUGUCCCAAAACUCUGCUCAUCACUACUGGGGCGGCAGGUAGCUUAGUGGUUAAGAGCGUUGUGCCAGUAACCGAAAGGUCGCUGGUUCUAAUCCCCGAGCCGACUAGGUGAAAAAUCUGUCGCCGUGCCCUUAAGCAAGGCACUUAACCCUAAUUGCUCCUGUAAGUCGCUCUGGAUAAGAGCGUCUGCUAAAUGACUAAAAAAUGUUUUCGGGAAGAAAAAAAUACUACAUAAUCAGUACACGUAUUAAAACGCGUAUUAUUGAGUAUAACUUGUAAGGUUGAUUUAAAAACCAACGUAUUAUUCUUCAUGAGGUUGUGUUGAUAUACUGCCAUCUGGUGGCGACUAGAAACAAUUGCAUAAUCUGAACUAUUACAAAUGUAUGGUCCUUAAGUAAAUUAGUGCUUGAAAAAGUAGUUAAGUCCUUGAAUUUGACUUGCCGUGGACGUGUGUUUGUAGAGGUGCGAAUAUCAGGCACAGGUUUCUGUGCAGAGCAUUUUCUUGCACUUUACCCACAUUUAUCAUGUUUCUGUCACUGCAAUUUUGGCUUUGAUAGGAAUUAAGAAAACAACAACAAGGAUUUUGAUGGCUAUUAACGUUUCUAAGCACAAACCAAUGUAUCAAAUAAAUAUAUUGAUGAUGAUUUUUAUCAUUUUAAGGUAAUUGAUUUGUAAUGGUGAUGUGUUGUUCUAGUGUCCAUCUUCCCAGAGUCUGGUAACUUCAGUGUGGACAACGUCAGAGUCUGCAAGAUCCUGGUGAGUGUCCUCUACUGCUGCAGCACUCUUCUCUACGUGGGCUGCUAGCCAAACCUGUCUGCCCGUGUGUUGCUUUUGUCAAUCUGUGUGUAUAUCACAUCAGCAGUGUUUUAUUUAGAAAAGCAAGCCUUUUCUUUUUGCUUCGGUAGAAUGAUCAGGGACGUGCCAGGGACGUGCUAGUUUUUUUCUUUUCUUUAGAAAAUACAUUAGUGCAACACAUUCAGCAGAACAUUUGGCUAGCAGCCACAAGUAAAUGUUUUUUUUUUUUUUUUUGCGAAAAAGAUGAAUGGCCAUCGUGUUUUGCUUGAAGUUAAUCGCGCAUUUUACCGGAGAAAAGUAGGCCACACUGAGAAAAGUAGCUAGACGUCAGUCGUAGAGCUGUCUGCUGACAGAAUGACCGUUGGUGAAUUCUCAUUGGAGUUUAGAAGUGCAACUGAAGCACACCAUUUUAGUCUGAUGCUGAACGGAAAUUACAAUGGCAUUUUUAGAUGUGCGUUUACAAAACACAGCAAGAUAUUUCUUUAUGCGUUUUAUCUGCGUUAAUGCGACCACUGGUGUGUUAAUCUGCUCUCUGAUAUGUGUGUGUGUGUGUGUGCAGGGCUGUGGGCUGACUUCGUCCUCAGUGCUCCAUGGGAUGGUGUUCAAGAAGGAGACUGAGGGAGAUGUCACGUCAAUCAAAGACGCCAAGAUCGCAGUCUUCUCCUGCCCCUUCGACUGCAUGGUCACAGAAACCAAGGUGGGACGGAAAUAAAUGUUACCCCUCUCUCUCUCUCUAGCGAUCGCUCUCCCUCCCCCUCGAGCGCGCGCUCUCCCUCCGUAGGGUACAUUGUUGAUAAAUAAUGGGGAGGAGCUCCUUAACUUCAGUAAGGGAGAGGAGGAUAUGAUGUUGACCUGCUCUCCCCUCCCUCCUCCGUAGGGUACAGUGUUGAUAAAUAAUGCGGAGGAGCUCCUUAACUUCAGUAAGGGGGAGGAGGAUAUGAUGGAAGCGCAGGUGAAAGCCAUCGCUGAGGCUGGCGCCAACGUGGUGGUGACCGGUGGCAAAGUGGCAGACAUGGCACUGCACUACGCCAACAAGUACCAGCUCAUGGUCGUCAGGUAGGGGAGCAAUGGACGCAGACCGACGGACAUGCAUGCACUUACUCACUCGUACCCGUUUUUUUAAAUUUCAGACCACUUCAUUCCUAAAAAUAAACAAAAAUAAUCAACAUUCCAAGACCAUCUGCUAUAGUUCCUUUGUCAGUUGAGAUUAACUCGAUCGUGAGGAUUUUAGACGAGCGGUUACAUGGGGUAGCUGGUAGGUCUUAUCGGGGGGUGUUCGGGAACCACUGAUCUAAAUAUACUGAAAGCAGAAGCUGUUGGUCCUUUUUUAGAACCCAGUCUCUGUGUUGUUACUAACGCUGUCUCCCGCAGGCUGAACUCUAAAUGGGACCUGAGGAGGCUGUGUAAGACUGUGGGAGCUGUGGCCCUGCCUAGACUGGUGAGUUCCCCCUGACGGACAGGGUGGCGGUACGUGUCUACCGGUAUUCUCGUACCCAAUCGCGUUUGGUAUGGGGACCUCGGUUCGGUCCUCACUGUGAACCUGAAUGAGUACAUCAAUAUUAAAACAUUUUUACAAACUAAAACCAUUAUGUCUAUAGGUUAUGCAUGUGCUGCAUUAACGCAUUGCUUCCUGAGUAAAUCUCACCUAAAAAAAAACAUCAUUUUGGGCUAUACUGUUAAAACAACUAGAGCCCGUUGUAAUCAAAAUUCUAAUCUUAACUGGCACAUUUUUAAACUUAACUGGCACAUUUUUAAACUUAACUGGCACAUUUUUAAACUUAACUGGCACAUUUUUAAACUUAACUGGCACAUUUUUAAACUUAACUGGCACAUUUUUUAACUUAACUGGCACAUUUUUUUAUUUAACUGGCACAUUUUUAAACAAUCAUUUUUUUGUGAGGUGCAGCCAGAAACUACACUGAACAAAAAUAUAUAAACGUGCAACAAUUUUAAAAAGAUUUUACUGAGUUAAAGUUCAUAUAAGGAAAUCAGUCAAUUGAAAUAUAUUCACGAGGCCCGACUCUAUGGAUUUCACGUGACUGGGAAUACAAAUAUGCAUCUGUAUUUAUGCAGCGUGACAUAGCUCCUUCACACAGAGUUAAUUAGGUUAUGGUUAAGUCCCCUGAGUGGCGCAGUGGUCUAAGGAACUGCAUCGCAGUGCUAACUGUGCCACUAGAGAUCCUGGUUCGAAUCCAGGCUCUGUCGCAGCCGGCCGCGACCGGGAGACUCAUGGGCGGCGCACAAUUGGCCCAGCGUCGUCCAGGGUAGGGGAGGGAAUGGCCGGCAGGGAUGUAGCUCAGUUGAUAGAGCAUGGCGUUUGCAACGCCAGGGUUGUGGGUUCGAUUCCCACGGGGGGCCAGUAUAAAAAAUAAAGAAAUAAAUGUAUUCACUAACUGUAAGUCGCUCUGGAUAAGAGCGUCUGCUAAAUGACUAAAAUGUAAAUAUAAAUGUAAUGAUAAUAUGGACAUGUAGGUAUGGGUAAAGUGACUAUGCAUAGAUAAUAAACAGCGAGUAGCAGCAGUGUGUAAAAAAAAAUCACCAGAACUGAGCUUUUCAGUUUACUUUUUAUUAAUUUUUUUUAUCCUGGGGAGGACCCAGGAUUUGGUCAAAACGCAGUUUAAUAGAUGUACCAAAUGAUCCUCUUUCCCUAAAAGCACGGCGGUCAUGACUUUCUUACAUGAAAGCGGAGGUUAACUUGGCCACAGACGAUCCAUCUGAGUUUCAGUAAACCCUGUACGUGUAAAAAUAAAUUCAUGUAAGUUGUGCUUCUUCAAGUCAAACUGAAACGGACCUUUUCCUUUUCCUCCUUCCCCAGACCCCUCCCACUCCAGAGGAGAUGGGCCAUUGUGACAGUGUCUACCUGGACGAGGUGGGAGACACUCAGGUGGUGGUCUUCAAACACGGUGAGAACACUAAACAUUCCCAACUAAACACUCAUUUUUUUAAAAAAGCUUUUAUUUUCUGUGAGAUUCGGGAACCAUGGACACACGGUCUGCAAAUGGCGCCAUCUCCAUAAUCAUUCUCUUUCCAUUCUCUCCUCGUCGUCCCAGAGAAAGAAGACGGUGCCAUCUCCACCCUGGUGAUCAGAGGAUCCACCGACAACCGGAUGGAUGACAUAGAGAGGGCCAUCGACGACGGGGUCAACACCUUCAAGGUUCUGGUCAGAGACAAGAGACUGGUGCCAGGGGCCGGCGCUACAGAAAUAGAAUUGGCUAGACAGAUCACUUCAUACGGAGAGGUACGUAAAACGAAUGUGCACAUUUUAGUCGUUUUUUUUAAAAACACACCAACUAGUACGACUGUGUCCAGUUCUGGAGCAGUAUGCCAUUAACAAGUUCGCCUGCCCCCCCCCUUAGACAUGUCCGGGUCUGGAGCAGUACGCCAUUAAGAAGUUUGCGGAGGCGUUCGAGGCGGUGCCCAGAGCGUUGGCAGAGAACUCUGGCAUCAAGGGAAACGAGCUCAUCUCCAAACUGUACGCCGUACACCAUGAGGGCAACAAGAACAUGGGCUUCGACAUCGAGGUGAGAGAGAGAGAGAGAGAGGGAGGGAGGGAGGGAGGGAGGGAGAGGGAGAGGGAGGGAGGGAGGGAGAGGGAGAGUGAGUGAGGGAGGGAGGGAGAGUGAGAGAGUGAUCCUAUUGGAUUUCAAUGUUGUCUUCCUUUUUACACGAGAAGGUGCGCUUGGUUUAGUUUGCCCAGUGUGCCAGGUUAGCAGAGGUUUUUCCAAAGAAGCUCUACCGGCAACUCGGGCAAAUUUUAAACCCAGUGCACCUGAACACAAUGAGUUUCUGUUGAUUUCAAUGUGUGUUUUUUUAUUUUAUUGUUACGUACAAAGCUGAAGGGUUGUGGGUAAUGUGUGUGUGUUCACAGGGAGAGGGUGCUGCUCUGAAGGACAUGCUUGAGGCUGGGAUCCUGGAGCCUUUCCUGGUCAAACACUGGGGCAUCAAACUAGCUACCAACGCUGCUAUCACCGUGCUCCGAGUGGACCAGGUACACACACACACACACACACACACACACACACACACACUGGGGUAUCAAACUAGCCACCAACGCUGCCAUCACCGUGCUCCGAGUGGACCAGGUACACACACACACACACACACACACACACACUGGGGCAUCAAACUAGCUACCAACGCUGCUAUCACCGUGCUCCGAGUGGACCAGGUACACACACACACACACACACACACACACACUGGGGCAUCAAACUAGCUACCAACGCUGCUAUCACCGUGCUCCGAGUGGACCAGGUACACACACACACACACACACACACACACUGGGGCAUCAAACUAGCUACCAACGCUGCUAUCUAGGGAUGUAACGAUUCACCGAUGCGCGUCGGUCGCCGGUUCAAAUGUUUCAGAUACUUUAAUUGGGUGCGUCGGUCCGCGGGACUCACAACGACCCAAAUAUAGCAUGCAUCGGUAGAAAAAUCGAUUUCAAAAGCUACGAAUCGCCGUUUUUUUUUUUUUUGCAUAUUACUUUGUAGCUUUCAAAAUACUGACGCGUCCUGUUUUUUUUCUUUGCCUGCAGAACAACCUCGAAAUAUCGGCGUAGUCAAAUUGCGCCUUUAUUAGUCGAAUUAGUAAAAUGGCUUGUGCAAUAUUCGGCUUUAGUUAAGUGACAACCCAAUGUAAUUUGCUAGGUUAUUGUUAUCUAUUGCGCUGUUGAAAGUGUUUUCACUGGGAUAAAAGUACGCCAACGGAGACGACUCACCUGGCUGUAGCCUUACCUGGUGAUCGGGGCUUAUAAUAAUGUUAUUUUGAUUGUUCAGGUUCACCAUCUGCAAUAGUUUUGCCAUCCAGGACCUAUAUACUAGGCGGUGUCAGAGGAAGGCCCCCAAAAAUUGUCAGACUCCAGCCACCCUAGUCAUAAGCUGUUCUCUCUGCUACCGCACGGCAAGCGGUACCGGAGCACCAAGUCUAGGUCCAAAAGACUUCUCAACAGCUUCUACCCCCAAGCCAUAAGACUGCUGAACAAUUAAUCAAAUGGCUACCCGGACUAUUUACACUGCUGCUACUCGCUGUUUAUUAUCUAUGCAUAGUCACUUUACCCCUACCUACAUGUACAAAUUACCUCGACUAACCUGUACCCCCCCCCACAUUGACUCGGUACCGGUAUCCCCUGUAUAUAGCCUCAUUAUUACCUGGACUAACCUGUACCCCAGCCCAUUGACUCGGUACCAGUACCCCCUGUAUAUAGCCUCAUUAUUACCUGGACUAACCUGUACCCCAGCCCAUUGACUUGGUACCGGUACCCCCUGUAUAUAGCCUCGUUAUUACCUGGACUAACCUGUACCCCCCCCCACAUUGACUCGGUACCAGUACCCCCUGUAUAUAGCCUCAUUAUUACCUGGACUAACCUGUACCCCGCACAUUGACUCGGUACCAGUAUCCCCUGUAUAUAGCCUCGGUACUGUUAUUUUAGCUUUUACUUUAGUUUAUUUCGUAAAUAUUUUUCUUAACUCUAUUUUCUUAACUGCUUGUAAGUAAGAAUUUCACGUUAAGGUCUAAACCUGUUGUAUUCGGCGCAUGUGACACAUAAAAUGUGUCGUGUAUAUGUGGUAAUUCUUAGAUAUUCAGGGUAAAGUUGAUAAUUUCAUAACGAGGAUGGAAAUCACUUUUUUGAGCCCCACUGCAUGUUCCAAGCAGAGAAGGUCCAAACAAUUAGAUUUUGAGACGGGGGGGGGGGGGGGGGGGGGGGGUGAAAUCCAAAGUUGCGCUAUAUUCAUUGGCUAUGUCAUAGCAAAUAUUUUAAAAUUAAAAUAUUGAUACAUUACUUGCUCAAACGUGUUUAAUCUGCAAAAUUUAGUGGGUAAUUUCAGAUUGGGGGGGGGAUCAAAGUAUACAUAAAUACAGUCUGGUAGUGGGGUGGUUGAUUCUCCCUUGCAUGAUGCAGCUCUGGUGUCUACUUACGCCAUAGACAUCAUUUACAUGUGUCGGUUCCUGGGCUCCAUUAGCAGGACAUUUAGAAUGGAAAAUGAAUGUGUUUAUGCGACAAAUGUUAGUGCAUCGGAUCACAUUGAACCGAAUCCCAUCGACUCGUUCCUCUAACCAAACUGUCUUUUCAAACUAAACGUGUAGUUCCGGUAUUGUAUCAGAGCCCAUGUAUCUAGAUACUGUAUCAACAUUUCUUUACGUUUUACAUUUUCGUCAUUUAGCAGACGCUCUUAUCCAGAGCGACUUACAGAUUGGUGCAUUCACCUUAUAGCCAGUGGGAUAACCACUUUACAAUAUAUAUAUAUAUUUUUAUAUUAUUUUUUUGGGGGUGGGGUAAGGGGGGGGUAAAAGGAUUACUUUAUCCUAUCCCAGGUAUUCCUUUAAAGAGGUGGGGUUUUCAAGUGUCUCUUGAAAGGGAAACGUGCACGUCCCUACUGCUAUCACCGUGCUCCGAGUGGACCAGGUACACACGCAAUAAUCUUCUCGUUGCAGGUCAGCCGGAGUAAACACAUUUUUUUCUUCAGUUUUUGAUUUUUAAUUGCUAUAUUCACUUAAUUCUCAUCAGCAAAGAUGGAUGCUAAAAUGUUUGUUCAUCAUUUGUUUGUGCGUUUUGGGGGGGUCUGUGUGUGUGUGGGUAGAUUAUCAUGGCUAAGCCAGCGGGGGGGCCCCGGGCUCCUAAACAGCAAGGCCACUGGGACAAGGAUGAGGGAGAAGAGCCUGAACACUUUGAUACACACCACUAACCUGUCCUUCCUGGACAGGACAGAAUACACACUACACUGACAGGUGCUGCUGGAGCUGGGAACGGACCGGUCUGUGUGUGAUGGGGGAAACUGCACGGCACGCAAACACUCACUGUGUGUGAUGGGGGGGAAACUGCACGGCACGCAAACACUCACUGUGUGUGUGUGAUGGGAAAAUGGCAAGGAAACACUCACUGUGUGUGUGUGUGUGAUGGGAAAAUGGCAAGGAAACACUCACUCACAGGGUGUCUGCGGUUCCUUAGUCUUAAAGACAUGUAUCUGAUUUUAAAGGUCACGUCUUAAUGUCUUAAAUUCGGUUUUUAAAGGUCGGAGGUGACGGAGAUGACUACAGUGUUUCCUGUGGUUUGAGUCGCUGGUUAACUGUUGCCACGCAGCAAAACAAUGUCACAUCAAAUAAUACUGGAGGCCACUUUCAAGAUGUUGGAGAGCCAUCCGACCACAUGUUGGAGAGCCAUCCGACCACAUGUUGGAGAGCCGUCCGACCACAUGUUGGAGAGCUAUCCGACCACAUGUUGGAGAGCCGUCCGACCACAUGUUGGAGAGCCGUCCGACCACAUGUUGGAGAGCCGUCCGACCACAUGUUGGAGAGCCGUCCGACCACAUGUUGGAGAGCCUCCAGACCACAUGUUGGAGAGCCGUCCGACCACAUGUGGAGAGCCGUCCGACGCACAUACUGUUGGAGAGCCGUCCGACCACAUGUUGGAGAGCCGUCCGACCACAUACAUGUUGGAGAGCCGUCCGACCACAUGUUGGAGAGCCCGUCCGACCACAUGUUGGAGAGCCGUCCGACCACAUGUUGGAGAGCCGUCCGACCACAUGUUGGAGAGCCAUCCGACCACAUGUUCUGAUAAACAUAAUACCUCCAGGAGAGCAGCUGGGUGUGUGAACUUUUGUUCGCGCCCUACUCCUGGGGUUUAUUAUAGAUCCCCAUUUAGUUCCUGCCAAGGCAGCAGCUACUCUUCCUGGGGUUUAUUAUGGAUCCCCAUUAGUUCCUGCCAAGGCAGCAGCUACUCUUCCUGGGGGUUUAUUAUAGAUCCCCCAUUUAGUUCCUGCCAAGGCAGCAGCUACUCUUCCUGGGGUUUAUUAUGGAUCCCCAUUAGUUCCUGCCAAGGCAGCAGCUACUCUUCCUGGGGUUUAUUAUGGAUCCCCAUUAGUUCCUGCCAAGGCAGCAGCUACUCUUCCUGGGGUUUAUUAUGGAUCCCCAUUAGUUCCUGCCAAGGCAGCAGCUACUCUUCCUGGGGUUUAUUAUGGAUCCCCAUUAGUUUCCUGCCAAGGCAGCAGCUACUCUUCCUGGGGUUUAUUAUGGAUCCCCAUUAGUUCCUGCCAAGGCAGCAGCUACUCUUCCUGGGGUUUAUUAUGGAUCCCCCAUUAGUUCCUGCCAAGGCAGCAGCUACUCUUCCUGGGGUUUAUUAUGGAUCCCAUUAGUUCCUGCCAAGGCAGCAGCUACUCUUCCUGGGGUUUAUUAUGGAUCCCAUUAGUUCCUGCCAAGGCAGCAGCUACUCUUCCUGGGGUUUAUUAUGGAUCCCCAUUAGUUCCUGCCAAGGCAGCAGGCUACCUUCCUGGGGUUAUUAUGGAUCCCCAUUAGUUCCUGCCAAGGCAGCAGGCUACUCUUCCUGGGGUUUAUUAUGGAUCCCCAUUAGUUUCCUGCCAAGGCAGCAGGCUACUCUUCCUGGGGUUUAUUAUGGAUCCCCAUUAGUUCCUGCCAAGGCAGCGGCUACUCUUCCUGGGGUUUAUUAUGGAUCCCCAUUAGUUCCUGCCAAGGCAGCAGCUACCUGUCCUGGGGUUUAUUAUGGAUCCCCAUUAGUUCCUGCCAAGGCAGCAGCUACUCUUCCUGGGUUUAUUAUGGAUCCCCAUUUAGUUCCUGCCAAGGCAGCAGCUACUCUUCCUGGGGUUUAUUAUGGAUCCCCAUUAGUUCCUGCCAAGGCAGCAGCUACUCUUCCUGGGGUUUAUUAUGGAUCCCCAUUAGUUCCUGCCAAGGCAGCAGCUACUCUUCCUGGGGUUUAUUAUGGAUCCCCAUUAGUUCCUGCCAAGGCAGCAGCUACUCUUCCUGGGGUUUAUUAGGGAUCCCCAAUUAGUUUCCUGCCAAGGCAGCAGCUACUCUUCCUGGGGUUUAUUACGGAUCCCCAUUAGUUCCUGCCAGGCAGCAGCUACUCUUCCUGGGGGUUUAUUACGGAUCCCCAUUAGUUCCUGCCAAGGCAGCGGCUACUCUUCCUGGGGUUUAUUAUGGAUCCCCAUUUAGUUCCUGCCAAGGCAGCGGCUACUCUUCCUGGGGUUUAUUAUGGAUCCCCAUUUAGUUCCUGCCAAGGCAGCGGCUACUCUUCCUGGGGUUUAUUAUGGAUCCCCAUAGCACUUACAUUACAUAUAAAACAGUACAUCAUAACAUUAUUACACCACAUAUUUACAAUACAAAAUGUAUAAAAUACCACCAUACAACAAUAUUGUAAUGUAGAGUGGGUGUGCUUGCUUGUGUGUGUGUGUGUGUGUACCGGUGUGUGUGUGUGUGUGUGUGUGUGGUGUGUGUGUACCGGUGUGUGUCUUCACAGUCCCCGCUGGAUUCACUGCCUGCGUUUUUUGACAUGCUAUGGAUGUAGUUGUGUGUUUUAGAACAGUGGUAUGGAUGUGGUUGUUUUUACUCCUCGUGUUUUUGACUGAAGCUAACCACUGGUAUCCCGGGAGUGAAACAUCCAGAUUUAACUAAUAAUAGUUGUGUGUGUGUGUGUGUGUGUGUGUGUGCUGGCACAGUGUGUGGAUGCAUGCUGCUUGCUCACAGGAAGCCAGGUCAACAACAAUGUUCAGAAUGGUUGCUAGUGGACUGACUGACUGACUGUGUGUUCCUCAGAUCAUCAUGGCCAAACCGGCAGGGGGACCCAAAGCCCCAACAGGCAAGAAGGACUGGGACGAAGAGGACUGAACAUGACCUCUAUAACCUUUGACCUUUUGACCACCUAACCCCCCCGCCCCCAUCACCCCUAUGACCCCCCCCCCCCCUCCACCCUGGUUUUUUUUUUCUGUUUAUUUAAAGCCCAAAACGUUGGAGUAUUGGUAUUGUGUAGGCGCCACCAUCUUGCAUUGUUGCUGUACCGUGAAUGGAUUGGUGAUGGCACUGUAUUGCUUUUUAUGUUCUCCUCCCAAAUAAAAGGCACUUCAUUUCCUGA